GGGGGGAGCACGAGGGGGUGCUGCGACGGACGACCCCACGUGGUGGUGGUGUCGCCGCCUUCCCACAGCUCCCCUGCCCCCCCCCCCAUCGAGAGCGAAGUGCCCCCGCCGAACGGAGCCGGCGCUUCCCCUUCGCGUCGUCGGCGAACCGUGAACGAAAUCCGCAUCGAAUUAAUUUGGCGACAAUUUUGAAAAGGGACGCGCGCGGCCUCGCGCACAGCGAAGGCGUCGCUUUGGCGAGGCCGCCUCCACCGCCUCCUCCUCCUCUAUUUGUGCCCAACGAGGCGGAGUUUUGACGCGCGGCGGAGUUGAGGCGUCGCGCCCAGCAGCAGCAGCAGGCAAGCGGCAUGCCGAGCACUCAUCAGGAGGAAAAAGGAAGAGCUGCUGUUUGAAACCCCGGUCGCGUGGGUGGAAAACAGCCGCGCCUCCAUCGCUACCGCGCAAACAAAGUCUCCCCACCACCACAAACAACACCGACGCCACCCACCUCAUGGCGCUGCCGCAAAACUUCACGGCGACGCUCCUGCACGCUCCGCCGUCGUCGCCGACGCCGCAGUGGCCAUUCCCAACCGAUCCCAACGCCACGGACGAUUACGGCGGCUCCGAGGGGUACCCGGACGGCGUGCCGCCCAACGUGGCGGUGGACCGCCUCUUCCCGGCACUGCUCGAGUGCUUCGGCACGGUGCUAUGCGGCUACGCCGCCGGGCGCUCGGGCCUGGUGCCGCCGUCCGGCGCGCGGGGCCUCGGCGGGUUCGUGUCGUCGUUCGCGCUUCCCGCGCUUCUCUUUCGCAACAUGGUGGUGCUGGACUUUGCGGUGGUGAGCUGGGGCUUCCUGCUGGCCGUGCUGGCCACCAAGGUGGCCGUGUUCGUGCUCGUGUGCGUCGUCACGCUCCUCACGGCCGCGCCGGCCUCGCGCUUCGCCAAGGCCGGCCUCUUCCCCAUCUUUGCGACGCAGAGCAACGACUUUGCGCUUGGGUACCCCAUCGUGCAAGCCCUGUACCAGGCCACCAACCCGGAGUAUGUGCAGUACAUCUACCUGGUGGCGCCCAUCUCGCUGGUGCUGCUCAACCCCGUGGGCUUCGUCUUCUGCGAGCUGCAGCGCAGGCGCAACGUGGAGGUGGAGGGGCCCGGGGAGGAGGAGGAGGUGGAGGUGGAGGUUGAGGUGGGGGCGACAACGAUGACGGCGCCGCCGCGAGCGCUCUCGGGCUGCUCCCGCGCUCUAUCCUCGCUCCGAACUUGCGCCGGCGCCGUCCUGGGCGCCCUCGUCAACCCCGUGGUGCUUUCCUCCCUCGUCGGCCUGGCCGGUAACUUCCUGCUGGCGCGCAAGGUUCCCGAGCUGGUGUCGCGGUUCCUGGACAGCCUGGGCGCCGCUUUCGGGGCGUCGGCGCAGUUCUACCUGGGCCUCUCCAUGGUGGGGAAGAUGCAGAGCCACACGCGCGGCACCGUCGUGUCCAUCAUCCUGCUCAUCACCGCCAAAGUGCUGGUGUUCCCGCUGCUGUGCCGUGAGAUGGUGGAGCUGUUGGAGACGAGGGGAGAGAAGAACCACACGAGCCUGCGCGACUUUGGCUUCCUCUACGGCGUCUUCCCCACGGCGCCCAGCGUCAUCAUCUACGCAAGCCGCUACGCUAUGGAGAUCGAGACGCUGUCCACGGGCAUGGUGGUGUGCACGUUCCUGUCGGCGCCGCUCAUGUACGUCUCGUCGUGGCUGCUCGCCAUGCCCAGGCUCGACGAUCACGUGACGCGAGCCGUCCUGGACAGCGUGAGCUUCGACAUCGGCAUCGUCGGCCUCAUCUUCCUGGUCUGGGUGCUGGGUCUAGCGGUGCUGAGUCGCCGCUAUCGUCAGCUGCCGCACUUCUUCUCCAUCAAUCUGUUCGCCGCCCAGCUGCUGACGUGUGUGGGUAUGGUGUUCUGGCACGUGCUGGGCACGGGCGCCGGAACGCUGGCCCGGGUGCUCGCCUUCAUUCUGCUCUACGCCCCCAUGUGCAGCUCGUACCUCUGGACCGGCAUGACGGCGUUCUCGCUGCUGGUGCUGCAGGUGGCCGGGGAGAAGAGGACUCGCUCCUUCAAGGGCAUGAUGACAGUGGUGGCCUGGGGCCUGCCGGCAUUUGCCGUGGGGAUUCUGGUGGCGUUGAGUGGAGACAUGCGCAAGUACGAGAUCGACCCGGCGUUCUUCUGGGGACGCAGUCAGGUGGUGAUGACGGUGGUGAUGUUGGCUGUGAGCAUUCUGCUCGGAGCCACCUCGCUCAUCGUUCUCGGGCGGCGUAGCGGCGCCCAGCGUCCGUACGAGGCCCUGAGCAAAGAGGGGCCAGAGAGCACGCGGGUGCCGGAUGACGCCCCCUCUCCGCCUCCUGAGCCGGCCCCCAACGGCACCUUGGAGACGCACGCGCCGUGCGAGGGUGAGUGCCCGUGCUCGGGGUCGGAAUGCUGCGCGAGCACGCGGUCCCUCCCGGUCGUGGCGGCCGCCGGCGACCCCGCCGACCCCGCCGCCGUGGCGCGCUGCCUGGGCCCUUGCGGGCCGGGCGACUGUGCGCUGGCCGACGAGGAGCGGGCCAGGGUCCUGGAGCGCGAAGACCCCCAGGCUGGCCGUCACGUCCUCCUCUGCCUCCUCCUCCUCAUCGCCAUGUUCCUGAGCAUGUGCACGGGACUGUGGUGGCUUCUAAGCUCGACGAUCGGCGGCCCCUACCUCGAGUUUAAAUUCACCUGCGCCGUCUGCAACUUUGGCCAGGGUUUCUUGUCGUUUGUUCUCUUCGGACUGGACAAACACCUCAUCAUCAUCCCCUUCAAAAGGAGGCUGCAGAGGCUGUGGGGCAGUGCGGCUCUGAGCCCUUCCCCUCGUGGCCCCACUUCAGGGCCCCUGCGAGGACCCAACAAAGAGGUGGCCAUGACGUGCCGGCAAUUCCUGCACUUCCACCGCGAGCGCUGCUGCGGUGACAUCGUGCACGAACGCAGGUGUGGCCGGCGCCGCGUGCGUGUCUGCCUGGGCUCGGAGCUCGUCGGCUGGCUGGUGGCGGCGGGCCUGAGCGAGGAUCGCGACGGAGCAACGCGCUACGCCGAGCGCCUGCUGUGCGGCGGCGUCAUCGCGCGCCUCGCCGAGGCCGGCGGACGACGAGGAGACGGCGGCGGCGGCGGCGGCGGCGGCGGCGGAGCAAAGGACGACUACAGCACCGCGGCGGCGCUCGAUUUCCUCGACGCUCCCCUUUACUACCGCGUCGCGCCGCCACCGGUCGAAGACUGGUGAUGGGACGAUCGUCGCCGGUGAACAGUGGUUGGCAGUGCUCGUCGCCUGGGAACAACGUUCAUCUGCCAAUGGGAAGCGACUGGACCGGUGAACUAAGAUCAUUGUGUACAAUGCUCGCCCGUCAUUGUUGAAUGACGCACGCUGCCUGGGGAAUGCUCGUCCAUUGCUGGCGACCGACGGCUGCGCUGGUUGACCGACGCCUGCGGUUGGUCAACGUCGCUCAUCGCCCUGCUGAACAAGGCUCAUUGCUGGUUACCGAUGAUCGACUUCACGCUGGUGAACAACUCGUGGCUCGUGAGCGACGCCGUUGAUCUGGGGGAGCAACGCGCAUCAUAGAUCAAUGAUUCGUAUCUCCCAUCGACGAGCGAUGCAGGGAAACCCAUCGUACUCCAGUAAAACAAAACUUAGCCUCCAAAACGGAUAAGCGAGGAUUAUGAAGAGGACUUAGCAGGCAAGCGCGAUGUGCGAUGCCAUUAUCAAUGGCACGAGCGCAACGAUUCCUCGGCAUCUUUUGCACACCCCGCAUGCGCUCAACUUGGUACAAAUGCGUGCACGCAUUAAAUGUUGCACCCUUGGCUGUGCUAGUGCAGUGUUCGUUAUGAACCUUGUCGCAUUUUAAUCGCCGAUGUCCCACUUUCCUUUCCGCAGCAUGUGCAAGGGCGGCUCGAUUUUCUUCCGCGAAAACAAACUCCCAGUAUUUAAACGCUCCUAUUAAAACGAUACCCUUUUUGUGUUUUAAAAAACUAAAAAUACACCAAACAACUUCUCGUUGCAGUAAAAGUAAAGUCGUGAAAAUGAACGUAGUGUUUACCACCUGAAUACUCGAAUGCAAAUGUGUUUCGUUAUACUACCAGUACCCAAGUUCUGUGCGCGCGCGUGAGUUUGUACGCUCGUAUUUAUGCGGCAAUUACAGUAUUUUUUUAAUUGUCCAACGGAAUACAAAUGCUAAUACCCCCGCCACCUUUCCGAUUAGCUGCACUGGGGUGGGGGUCGGGAGUUUUGCUUUGUCUGGGUACUGGAAAACUUGGGCUGGAAGACACUUUUAUUGCACCCAGAGUGGAUUGCGGAUUCUAGGAGAGGAGUCUUUAGCUCCACCUGACGGUGGCGUCAGGCGGAGCAGUGGGAAUGGAUAAUCGGGACUGCGAUCGCGUAAGACCAGUGAACAAGCCCGGGCCAGCUCCAUACAAAAAGUGAGCCUUCACAAUGAAAAAAAAUACAUAGGAAUCAAGUUUCAUAGGGAACGGUGGAUUGCUUGAGGUGUAAUAAUGCACUGAUGAAAUCUAUUUAAAAUCGAUCCUUAUUCUCGUAACACAUACAUCAAGUUGUGUGAGAACAGAGUACAUUUUACGGGUGUGUUUAAUAUUUACGAGUUGAUCCUAUGACCCCAAGCAGCCAUUCAAGUCCCCAUCAAUGUGCCACAUUUAAAUAAUUGACUUGCGAUCCCAAAUCAGAACGGGAAUCUCAAACAGGGCCUUGCACGUCCGAAACUUUGCAGACCCAGCUUGUGCCGGAUGAUAAAUGGAACAUUUGGCGCCAUUUAAAAAUAGUCAAAAACAUUUAUUCCCAAUGGCUGCUCGGAUUCAGCAGUUUCAUAAAGGUCACCGGUCCACAUAAGGUCACUGAUUCACGCGAAGGUAAUAGUUAACAAGGAAGGUUCACUCACGAAUUAAUAGUUGGAACGGCUUGUGAUGAAAUAGAAUACAUGUGCUUACUGUACAAUAAGUAAAUGGGGAGGCAGAGCUAAAAUGAAUGCGUUUUUGCAUGAAAAUAAAAUACUUGGGUUUACAAUUCUGA